AAACAAUUUGAUCUAAAUGUAAUGUACAAAGCUGGUGAUGUGAUACUAGGUGGUCUGUUUGAGGUUCACUAUUCAUCUGUUUUCCCUGAGCUUUCCUUCACUUCAGAGCCAAAUCAACCAAUAUGCCAAAAUUUUGACAUUCUAGGCUUCAAGCAUGCACAGACAAUGGCCUUUGCUAUUGAAGAAAUUAAUAGGAACUCCAACCUUUUACCUAACGUGACUCUGGGAUACAAUUUGUAUGACAAUUGUGCAUCACUUGGAGUUGGAUUUCGUGCUUCAUUAUCCCUGGCAAGCGGCAGACAGGGGCAUUUUCUUUUGGAUGAGGCCUGUGAGGGGGCCCCUCCAGUUCUAGGGAUUGUGGGAGAUUGCUACUCCUCAUUUACUAUUGCUGCAUCAAGUGUGUUGGGUUUAUACAAAAUGCCUAUAGUGAGUUAUUUUGCUACAUGUCCCUGCCUGAGUGACCGACAACGCUACCCAUCCUUCUUUAGAACGAUUCCAAGCGACACCUUCCAGGUUCGUGCUAUGAUUCAGAUUCUAAAAUAUUUUGGCUGGACAUGGGUGGGUCUGCUGGUCAGUGAUGAUGAAUAUGGACUCUACGCGGCCAGAACCUUUCAGUCUGACUUGGCUCAGUCCGGUGCAGGAUGUCUGGCCUACACAGAGGUUUUACCGUGGGGCGGUGAACCAGCUGAAUUCAGCAGGAUAGCAAACUUAAUGCAAAGAUCUACAGCUCAUGUGGUUAUUGUUUUUGCACAUGAGAGUUAUGUGAUUCAACUUAUGGAAGAGGUGGUGAAGCAGAAUGUGACUGGUCUUCAAUGGAUGGCCAGUGAAGCCUGGACAGCAGCUGCUGUGCUCCAGACUCCCCGACUGAUGCCAUAUCUGGGUGGUACACUGUGUAUUUCCAUCCGCCGAGGUGAACUACCAGGACUCAGGGAGUUCUUCCUACAAGUUCAUCCUGAAAAGGACUUCAACAGCAGCUAUGGCAGUAGCAUGGUGGUGAGGCAGUUUUGGGAAUAUACAUUUCAGUGUAAGUUUGCACCACCUCCAGUAGGCUGGGUAGAUGCUGGAGGAACACUGUGCACCGGAAAAGAAAAUCUAGUGGAAGUGGAAACUGAAUAUUUGGAUCUGUCUAACUUAAGGGCAGAGUAUAAUGUGUACAAGGCUGUAUAUGCUCUGGCGUAUGCCCUUGAUAACAUGUUGCGCUGUGAACCUGGUAAAGGGCCUUUCAGAGGGAACAGCUGCGCCAGUUUACAAAGACUGGAGCCAUGGCAGCUUGUACAUUAUUUACAAAUGGUGAACUUCACCACUUCAUUUGGUGAUCAGGUAUCAUUUGAUGAGAAUGGUGAUGCCCUACCAAUCUAUGACAUCAUGAACUGGUUGUGGCUUCCUGAUGGACGGACAAAGGUUCAGACUGUGGGAGAAGUUAAGAAAUCGGCCUUCAAAGGGGAAGAACUCAUUCUGAAUGAAGACACAAUCUUCUGGAACUUUGAAUCCAAAAAGCCCCCCCGCUCAGUGUGCAGUGACAGCUGUCCUCCAGGUACUCGUAUGGCCAGGAAGAGGGGACAACCAGAGUGUUGUUUUGAUUGUAUCAGUUGUUCUGAGGGAAUGAUCAGCAAUAACACCGACUCCAUGGAGUGCACCAGUUGUCCAGAGGAUUUCUGGUCCAGUCCCCACCGUGACCACUGUGUUCCCAAGAAAACUGAGUUCCUCUCCUACCAUGAGCCUCUGGGUAUCUGCUUGACAACUGCAUCAUUACUGGGUACAUUUCUUAGUGUAGUUGUUUUUGGGAUUUUCAUUCAUCAUCGCAGGACACCCAUGGUACGAGCCAAUAACUUAGAGCUGAGUUUCCUGCUCUUGGUGUCUCUUAAACUGUGCUUCCUGUGUUCACUGUUGUUCAUCGGUCGUCCCAGACUAUGGACAUGCCAGCUGAGACAUGCAGCGUUUGGGAUCAGCUUUGUGCUUUGUGUCUCAUGUAUUCUGGUGAAAACCAUGGUGGUUCUGGCUGUGUUUAAGGCCUCGAAACCAGGAGGUGGAGCCAGUCUCAAGUGGUUUGGUCCUCUACAGCAGAGAGGCACCGUUUUAGCUCUUACAUCUGUCCAAGCAGCAAUCUGCACAGCUUGGCUUGUCUCUGCAUCUCCAACUCCACAUAAAAACACUAAAUAUCACAAUGACAAAAUAGUUUAUGAGUGUGUAGUUGGGUCUAUGGUUGGUUUUGCAGUGUUACUGGGUUAUAUUGGUUUUCUGGCUAUUCUCAGCUUCCUGUUAGCAUUUAUGGCAAGGAAUCUUCCCGACAACUUCAAUGAGGCCAAACUCAUCACUUUCAGUAUGUUGAUCUUCUGUGCUGUGUGGGUGGCCUUUGUCCCUGCUUAUAUUAACUCUCCAGGUAAAUAUGCCGAUGCAGUGGAGGUGUUUGCCAUCCUGUCCUCCAGUUUUGGUCUCUUAGUGGCGCUGUUUGGACCCAAAUGUUAUAUAAUUCUGUUAAAACCAGAGAGAAACACAAAGAAAGCCAUCAUGGAUCGAGGCACCAAGUAA